UUCUCAACAACAUUUUGGUUACUUGUUAGGUCUACUUCUUAGACUUUAUAUUGGAUAUACAAUGUAAUAUUUCCAUUAAAAAUACUAUGCUAGCAAAAUAUUUUGUUCUUUGAUUAUGUGAAAAUUUUGAAGAUCAAAGCCUGAAUCAGUUUUCAAAGUGAGCAUAUUGGAUAAUGUUGAGCAAGUAUCAAUACUCCACCAGUAAAAUGGGCAUAUGGACUCAUUUUAGGUAGUUGUGAGAAUAUCAGUCAAGCAUUUUGCCCAAAUCCUUCUAUCUUAGCAAUGACUAUAAUAAGCAAUACCAAUAAAUAACAGCUGGGACAAGAGGAAUAUAAAAAUGAAUCAGUGAAUGAUUCAGUGCGUCAUUCUAUUCGUGGUUAUUCUUGUAAAUACUGCAGGAUGAAUCUUCCUUUAAUUUAUAUAGAAUAAUACAUUGUUUUAAGGAUACCAUUUGUUUUUUCAUGUAAUUCUGGGCAUACUGUAUUUAAUAAUAGUAAGCUGCAUUGUGAACAAUAUAGUAUAGAAUCAAUAUGAGAUUGAGUAGUUUGGUAUUAUUAAUAUUCUAUAGUUACAAUGUAAUUUCUUCAUGCAGAGUAAAAAACUUUAGCAACACGAUGAGAUGAUUUUUCACCCAUUGGAUUGCAGAUAUUUUAACUGGGUUUUAAAAAAAACGAAAUUAUUUAAUACUUGGGGCUUGUGAGUAUCUAAGAAUUUGGAAUCAAUCCUAUCCUUGUAUAAAAAUCCUUUCCUCAGUUUUCCUCUUACAAGUGGGGACAAUACUGCCAUCUCUCUGAGACAGCUGGACUUCCUGCUUUGGAGAGAUGCUACAGGUUCUUAGAGUUGUUUCUUAAAUAUUUUGUGGGGAACUGCAAACAAUUUACAAAUGAAAUAAUGAUGAACAGGCUAGAGUGCCAUUAAUAUUAAAUCUAUUAAUGUCUUGAAUUAUGACUUUCCAGUGUGAGGGAUUAAUGAUGAGUCUGAAGUAAAAUGUACCUCGCUUCUGAAGAGAAGAGAAGCAAUCAGAUGUGAAUAUUUAAAAAAAUAUUUUAGCUUAGUUCCAUUUCAAAAGUUCACAUCUUACCUUUCUUAUUAGCAUUUUCUUAAGCAUAAUGUAAAUUAACACAGUUGUGAAUAAUUAUAUUUUUGGAUCUCUAAUUAUAAAUGUAGUUGACCAAGUUUGCUUUGAAUAAAUAUGGAUCAGAACCAGGGACAGUUCUCAAAGACUUAACGUGUCUUUUUGCCUUGGAUACCCUGUGAAGGAGAACUUGCAUCCCACAUUAUUGUUAACAAAACAAACAUUCUGAUCUUAGAGAGGUUCAUAUGUUGGUUGGGCUCUUCAAGAUAUGUGAAUUCACAAUGACAAUGAAGUCAAAUCACAAUGUAAUGUAAUGUUUAAUCUGUGAUGGAAAUAUGUACAUUGGCUAUAGUAGGUGCUGAACCUCUACAACAGUGCAAUACAAGUAUAUAUGCAAAACUCUCUCUGUAUAUCUCAAACCUCAUACAAAAAUCUGAUAUUUGGAAUGUUUGGCAACUGAAAUAAUGUUCCAUUUUUAACCAAGGUGCAAUACCAUCCUACAAGCAUACAAUGCCAUCUUUGGAACUCAAAAUAUUCCCACUUUGCCAGCUAAAUCAAGGCGGGCACACAUUAUUAUUAAGUCUAAUGUGACAUAUUAGGAUCUUUGGAUAUGUUCUACAGAAAGAAUACAACACCUAGAGUUGGGGUGGAUGGGUAAAAAUGUUAAAUGAUUUUUUUUUGCUAUAUGGACAAUAGACCAGACUGAAAAAUAUUUUUCCAUUCCAGAUCUAGAUAAAAUGUAAAGCUCUAAGUAACUCUGAAGAAAUUUUAUAAAGUGUGAGAAGAGGAAUAGGAUGGACAAAGAGGAAAUGGAAGCUGCACCAGUGAAAGAUAUCUGGAGGAAAACUUGCACAGAGUGAUGGGCAGUGCUGGCCAAGGUCUGGUUGCUCUGCCUCACAGUCGGGUCACCUUUCAGGAUCCUGUACUCUUUUCUGGCCUGGAGAAGCUCCCUCUUGCUCGAGAUCCUGACAGCCCAAGCUGGCGGCCCCUUGACAGCCCAAGCCCCCCUGCUACACCUGAGCAAAUCCUUCCCACCUAUUGCCUGCAGUAUUUUAAUAUGCUGUACCCAGAUGACAGCAAUUGGGUCCCAAAGAGUUUGGGUGAAACUCAACAACACAACAACCAAGGAAGCAGGACGGAAGUGCAUAAGGAACCUGAGCAGUGUCCCAUCAUUGACAGUCAAGGAUUGAGCCUCACCUCUGAGAUGGAUUAUCAGGCCAGUCUUCACCUUGAGGAGCACUCUCUGGAACAGGUGCAAACAAUGGUAGUGGGUGAAGUGCUCAAGGACAUUGAAACAGCUUGUAAGCUGCUCAACAUUGCCGCAGACCCUGCAGACUGGAGUCCAGGAAAUGUUCAGAAGUGGAUCUUAUGGACAGAACACCAAUAUCGAUUGCCCCAGAUUGGAAAAUCAUUCCAAGACUUGUCUGGGAAGGAGCUAUGUGACAUGACUGAAGAAGCGUUCCGUCAACGUUCUCCAUCAUGUGGUGAUGUUUUACAUGCUCAUCUGGACAUUUGGAAGUCAGCUGCCUGGAUGAAAGAAAAAACUGCUCCCGGGGAGCUGCAUUACUGUGGGAAUGAUGAGAACUGGACAGACAGCGAGGUAGAUUCAUCCUGCUCAGGCCAGCCCAUUCACCUAUGGCAGUUUUUGAAAGAGCUUCUGCUGAAGCCUCAUAACUAUGGUCGCUUCAUUCGUUGGCUCAAUAAGGAAAAAGGUAUAUUUAAGAUUGAAGAUUCUGCCCAGGUGGCUCGGCUAUGGGGAAUCCGGAAGAACCGGCCUGCCAUGAACUACGACAAGCUGAGCCGCUCAAUUCGGCAGUAUUAUAAGAAAGGGAUCAUCAGGAAACCAGAUAUCUCACAAAGGCUGGUCUACCAAUUUGUACACCCUGUCUGAAAAGCAGAGCAAAGAGAACAAAUUCAGAGUAACUGAUUCCUUUCUGGGCUGGAGGACUUCUGGGAACAGCAUCCUUUAUCCUCUGCAAUGUUGAUGGAGCUAAAAGCAACUAUUGACAAAGACAGUUGGAUCUGGCUGGUGAACUGUAGAGAUUCCUGUGUCUGGGAAACAGGAAACAAAUAAAUUGUGUCUGGGAAACAGGAAGCAAAUAAACAUUUACUGUUUAAGUAAAAUGGCAAAAAGGAAAUGAACAGGGCCAUUCAGAUCUCAUUCUAGGCUUUGUGGUUUUGUAGGGGUUUUUUUACUUUAAAAGAAAAAAUAAUCUAAAUAUUUCCAACUACAUGGUAUGGGAAUCCAAAGAAAGUAGGAAUUUGAUGGAAAAGGAAAGAGAAUACUGAUGCUAUAGAGACUUUUCCAUUCUAAUAAUUGGAAGACUAUUUGAGAUCAAAGGAGCAACGUAACAUUGUUUGCAACUUUGUAAAUUAACAGUGGGCAAUUAUAAUAUUGCGUAGCAGUCUUCUGACCUAGCUUAAAAUUCCUAUGCUCUCUAACCUUUCUUUUCUUUCUGGGUAACAAGCAGAAAGCUCAACAGCCCAUUUCUCUGAUAGCAAACAAGCUUGGGGGCUAUACUUUAAAUGACUUUCUAGUCUGCUUUUUUCCUCCUGUUCUUAGCACAACAGCCAGGCUUUGAUAUUUCAAGUUUGAUGUUGGAAAAAAACUAAGAAUCAUGAUUUGGAAUUCAGAAUAAUGGUGCAUCAAUGGUUUAGAAUCAGGCUGGCCCGGUAUAUUGGUUUUCUGUUUAUGUGUUAGAGGAAUGCAAAAUUGUAGUUUAAUUCAAAGGAGCAGACCAGAAAGUCUGUCCAGGUUUAAUAUUAAUGAACUUGAUUAGUUUUCCAUAUAUGCAGUGAAUGAAAGUAGUUACUGUUUCGGGUAUUGUUAACAGAAGGACAGAGUCACCCAUUCUCAGUGUGUGAACAAACCUUUCUUGAGGGGAAAAAACAAUAGGAUUGUGCAAAGCAGCCUCCUGCUGGAGCUCAGGCUGACCCCAAAACAAGAACAAUUUGGCACCUGCCUGCCUGAGGAGGCCAACUAGCUGAGCAUCUGGGAAACAGUGAAGAAAACACACAGUCUCCACCCCCCAAGGCAGCCUGAACAUGGUCCUGGCAACGAUACAGGUUGUUCUGGUGUAUGGGCUGCACCUGGAGACUUGUGCUGAUCCCUGGAGUAGGAUAAUUAUCCCAAAUCAGGUAAAUUCUCUUGGAGACAUUUCCUGAAAUUAUGCUGCAACUUCUGGUACUGCAGCAGUUACAUUGAGAAUUACAAGUUAUGGCCCAAUCGUGUGCCUUUAUGAAAUCAGCAAAGCAGAUUUUGGCUAAUGAUCAAAAGCAAAGUCAUUGUGACUGUCAUUUUGUCUUACACUGCCACUGAAAAUUAAGAGAGAAUCUGAAAUGUAUGCUCAAGUAGAGGUUGUCUGGGCUAUCAAAAUUAAAAGAGAGUGGGUGCUAAACCGUGUGAAACUGACACAAUAUUUAGGAGGUAAAGGAAUUAUGGCCAAAACUUCAAGGAAACCUCUACCAUUACUCAUAUGUGCUUUCAGAAAAAGUUGACAUAUUAUUCUUUUACAACCCCCCCCCCUUCAUGCUCCUAUACAUACUACCACAUUGAUUAUGGCAUAAACUUGUUAAACAUGGAAGUUCCUUAAGACUUCAGUAUUUGACUUAAGGUAAGAUUAACUCUCCAGGCUAAAUUUAAUUCCUGGCAACUUCAUCGACAUGUCUGUACAUUUUUAUUGGAAACAAUUUAGAAGAGAUUUGCCUUUGGCUAGAUGAUGAUGAUGAUGACGACAACAACAAUGGAAUGGAAAAAGGCAAUCUAGCUUACAACUCUAGUGUUUCCUGAUCUCUUAUACAAGUAUUAACCAGGUUUUACUUACCAAGUACCUUGUAACCUUUCUUACAUUUUCAAAAUUAACCAAUGUUGGCUAGGUGCUGCCACCAAGAGGAAUACUGACCAUGCACAGCAUACAAAAUUUUAGAUUUAUUGAGCAUGUUGCAGGAUGUAAGUAUAUAGAAUGAGCAAUAUUUUUAACAUUAUUAAAAUGAACAUUCUUUGGAAUUAAAAUAAGUCCUUUCUUA